AUGGGUUUGUUCUUCAAGAAGCCUGCCGAUGCGGCGGGAUCUACCACUGUCGCCUUCCUCGUCGGCUUGUUUGUCGCAUUUGGUGGUGUUCUCUUUGGCUAUGAUAUCGGCUACAUCAGUGGCAUUCUCGCCAUGGAUUACUGGAAGUCUCACUUCUCCACGGGAUAUCGAGAUGAGACCGGCGAGCUCAAUGUCACUGCAGGCCAGCAAUCUCUGAUUGUGUCCAUUCUAUCCGCGGGGACUUUUGCAGGGGCUCUGCUCAGUUCUCCCAUUGCCGAUUUCAUUGGCCGCCGCAAGGCUCUGAUGGUCAACAGCUGUGUCUUUAUGUUUGGGAAUGCUAUGCAAACGGCAGCCACACACAUUCCGCUGUUCCUCGCGGGGCGGUUCUUUGCAGGUCUGGGAGUCGGUUUGCUCAGUGCGACUAUCCCUCUGUACCAAGCCGAGACGUCACCCAAAUGGCUUCGAGGCGCCGUCAUUGGAUCCUACCAACUUUUCAUCACCGUGGGCAUGUUCAUGGCCGGCAUUGUCGACAACGCCACCAAAGACAGGAACGACACAGGAUCCUACCGCAUCCCGAUCGGCGUCCAGUUCAUCUACGCCCUCAUUAUCUUCUUCGGCUCCGCCCUACUCCCCGAGACGCCCCGGCAACUAGUCCGCCAGUCCGACUUCGAAGGGGCGGCCAAGAGUCUUGGGCGUCUAAGGCGGCUCGCGGUCGAUCACCCGGCUAUCGUAGACGAACUGGCGGAGAUCAGGGGCAACCACGAAUACGAAAUGUCAUUAGGCUCCGCGUCGUACCUGACCUGUUUCCGCAAACCUCUCCGCAAGAGACUCAUCUCGGGAAUCUGCCUGCAGGCUCUACAGCAGCUAACGGGCAUCAACUUCAUCUUCUACUACGGCACCACUUACUUCCAACGCACCGGCAUCUCGAACCCCUUCCUUGUGACCGUCAUCUGCGAUGUGUGCAACAUUGUCGGCGUCUUCCCAGGUCUGUACCUCGUGGAGAAAUGGGGCCGUCGGCCUCUACUGAUUAUGGGCGCCCUGGGCAUGGCGGCCUGCGAAUUCAUUGUGGCCGCCAUCGGCGUGACCAUGCCCGACAGCACCACCGCGAACUCAGUGGUCAUCGCCUUUGUAUGCUUCUACAUUGUGUUCUUCGAGUUAAGCUGGGGUCCCUGCGCCUGGGUUGUCACCGGCGAAAUCUUCCCGCUCAAAACCCGCGCCAAAGCCCUGGGCAUGACUUCGUCGAGCAACUGGUUGCUCAACUGGGCGCUCGCCUACGCGACUCCCUACAUGGUCAAUCCCGGCAAGGGCAACGCCAACUUGGGAUCCAAGGUGUUUUUCAUCUGGGGCGCUCUGUGUGUGCUCUGUGCCGUUUUCGUGCAAUUCUGCAUCUACGAGACUAAAGGUCUCUCGCUCGAACAAGUCGACGAACUCUACGAGAAGGUGCCGCACGCGUGGCAGUCCGCCGGCUUCGUGCCCACUGUCAGCUUCGCCGAUGUGCACCAGCGCAGUCUCUCCCUCGCCGGAGACGAGAAGCCCGGAAAGGUCGAAAACGAGGUCGCCGUCUCAGAAGUGUCCUCGUCGUGA